AUGCACAGCUCAGUCAUCACAUUUGUAGUGAACCAUCGGGCGCCUACUGCCGAGUUGUCAGGGGCAAAUAUGGGAACGACUUUCGCGUGGGAUAAUCACGGUGCAGACAUACCCAUACCUGUACCAACCUCAACUCUGGACGGUUCAGUACCUUCAUCGCCAGAAGCAGGAGUUGGCCAUGAAGGUUCUAAGAUAUGGGAAACACAUGCUACACGUAUAGUCAUGCCAAAGCCACAUUCGACUGUAGACAACCCGAGAGUGUCACCAUCCCAUUCCUGGGAUACACAUACGGCGCACGUGCUCAUACCUGCACCACAUUCAAUGACCGCCGGAUCUGAAUCAUCCCCGCAACCUGAUUCAGCAACAAGCCGUGAAACCACCACGUCGGAAGAUGUGCCCUUUGCGCAGACACCCACACUUGCACCAAGUUCGACUACAGGCAAGUCAGUAUCAUCGCUGUUGCCUGGUGCAGCUACUGGUCAUCGCUUGAGCGGAGACGGAGAAGGAAACAGGGGAGUUUGCACAAGAACAAAACGCAAUGGGGACGGUUUAGAUACUAAUAGUGAAGGGAGGGUCGACCCUGAUAAAGAAACAUCUGGCACAGACCAGAAAGAGACUCAGCCCAGUUUGUUCUCGGUGGACAAGGACAAUCUAUGUGCCGUCAGUACGUACUUCCGCUCGAUGCUGAAUGGGCGCUUCUGUGAAGGGGAUCAGAAUGAGGUGCAAAUUACAUCCUGUGGUGCAAGGGCGUUCCAGGGGCUGCUAGCAUAUCUUCUACCUCGGCCGUAUGGAGUGUCGCAGGCCAAGUCCAAGCUAGGAGGUGCGAGGCCAGUCGGUAAGUUAAGAAAGGGUGGCGAGCUGAUUAAGAAAGAGGGAGCCGUUUUUAGUGUUAUCGGUGACGGAGAGGAGCUUAUUGAUACCGCGGGUGCGUUGAGCGAGAGUGUGGGAGAGGGCAUAAAAGGUGCUACAAGUGGUACUGAUAAGCGAGAACCUCAGGUCAAGACGGAAGUGGAUGGACCAUCUAGACGAGAAAGUGGGGAAUGGAAGAUAUGGGCUAGACUCAAGCCUAGGCGAGAUGCUAGUAAAGUGCCCAUGUCCGAGGAUUGUGCUGUAAAGAACCCCAUGGAAGCUGCGAGUAGUGGACAAUUAAAGAGGAAAUGGACUGACUCCGACGGAAGGAAGACUGAUAGUGAUGACGAUGUUGUCAACGUCGACAGUGAUGCGUCUGAUCUGCACAGGGGUAAGAAGGCCAAGACGGAACCGAACCCUUCAACAGGAAUAGAUCCACAACUACAUGACCAGCAGACAGUUGAAGAAAUAAGGGUGGCUCAAUCAGCCUUUGCGGUCGACAGCGAUCAUAAUGAGGAUUUGAUCGAAGAUACACGCUGGCGGGACGACGCCGAUACGACAGAAGUGCGUGACCAAUCGGAAUGCGGUGAUAGUUCGGAACUGUUGGACGGCGAUGUUGACACGGAUGACGAGUAUGAUAUGGAAGGUAUAUCAAGGGAUGUGGUAGGUAAUUAUACGAACGCUAAGACGACAACAGGGGGCACAGCACCGCUUAUACGGCGGAGGAACGAAAUGGAUAUACACAAUGCGGGCUGGCGUGACGUGGGUGGAAGCGGCGCAUCAAAUGAAACCCAGAGCGCAGAUAGUUCGGUACAUGUGCGUGGUCCAGCAGCCACGGCUAGUAUUCACACACACGGGGGUAUUACAGUGCGUAUAGAGAAAACGAUUGGUCCCAUAACCAACGCUUGCUGUGAGAAGUACUUCUACGACAAUCUGGUGCCAGAGGAUGCCCUGGCGCUCAUUCCAGUCGCACAACAGUAUAUGCUGACCGAAUUGCGUGCAUUGUGUAUCCACAAAACCUUGGAGAAUUUGAAGCAGUUUCCCGAAGAUGCGUACCAGAUAGGACUCGAUACGAAUAUAGAGAUUCUCCAGUUUGCCGGCAUUGGAACAGUGAUAGAGAUGCUGCCACAGCUGUGCGAAGACCGCCGUUGGGUACCGAAUCAUAGGAUACUCAAUGGUAUCAAGAGUUAUUUAGCAGACCAAGCCCUGCACAUAAGCUGACACGACUAGAUAUGAGAGAUCAUAUACGAUGCAACGCAACAAGUUUAUUAACUAAAUAUGCGAAUAAAGUUC